AGUUAGCCAGCGAAGGAAGCCGCCGAGCAAGGUGUCUCAUAGGUCGAUCCCCAGAUGCCUCCGCCCUCCUCGUCCCCGCGCGCUUUACCUGCUGCUCGGUCGCGCGGCUGUCGAGCGUCGGCACUCACUGCGCAAUGGCAACAGAACCAUCUGUUACAGCGAACUUUCGUCUUCAAAUGGAUUAUGAGACGAAGAUUUUCCCCCACACCGGCGGCUAUGGACGCUACAACCGACUCGUGGUUUUAUUCAGCUGGUUCCCCAACUUCGCGGCCAUGCUGAAUCUAUUUAGCGACGUUUUUUACACUCUAAUGCCGGACUCGUAUCACUGCAGAGCCGACCCGCAGCUUCUGCCCUCCGCUUUCCUCCCCAGCAACUUCUCCAGACAGCGAUACCUCAACCUCACCAUCCCCUGGGUGAACGGCACUGGUCUCAGCCACUGUGAAUUGUUCAAGUACCCACCAAAUUCCUCGGACUUUUCCGAAAAGGUCUCCAGGGAGAGGGUGUCCUGCACCGUAGGGUGGGAGUAUGCCCAUGUAGCGGGGCUCCAGAGCAACUUUGUCACUGAGUGGAAUCUGGUUUGCAGUGACUACUGGAAAAUCCCUUUGCAGCAUAUCUGCUUCAUGACAGGAUGGAUUCUGGGAUACAUCCUUCUUGGUACAUUGUGCGACUGGCUGGGUCGUCGGCGAUGUUUCCUCCUCUCCAUCAGUCUGUCCAGUCUGUUAGGGGUGGCCGUGUGUUUGUCCAGCAGCGCGGCCGUGUUUCUGCUGCUGCGUCUCUCUCAGGGCGCGAUGCUCGCUGGUGUGUUCGUGUCCUCGUACAUUGCCAGGUUGGAGCUAUGUGACCCUCCCCAUCGUCUCAUGGUUGCCAUGGUCGGCGGCUUCUUCGCCGUGUUCGCAGAGCUGCUGUUGCCGGGCAUCGCUGUUCUGUGUCGCAAUUGGCCCGUUCUCCAGGCUGUGGCCACUUUGCCUCUGCUCCUGCUGCUUUCCUAUUGGUGCUGUGUGUCCGUGUUUCCUGAGUCCCCUCGCUGGCUGCUGGCCACAGCUCAGAUCCCUAGGUUGAAGAGGAGCCUCCAGGAAUUCUCCACCAGGAACGGUGUUUGUCUGCGAGAUGAAAUCUACCCUGGUGAAACCCUGCUGUCAGAAAUAGAUUCAGCAUGCGGGGAAGACUGUCGACCGAGGUACUUUUCAGUUCUGGAGCUGCGUCGGACUCGUGUUAUCUGGAAGAACUGUCUCAUCCUCAGCUUCACACUGUUCAUUGGUACAGGCAUUCAGUACUGUUUCACCAGAAACUUGCACAGUUAUUCAACCAACUUUUACUUCAGCUACUUCCUCCGAGUGAUAACCGGAGCUUUCGCCUGCAUCUUCGUCUGCUUGUCAGUCAAUCACUUUGGUCGGCGUGGUAUGCUUCUACUCUCUGCCAUCAUCACUGGACUGUCAUCGCUGCUGCUGCUGGCCCUCACUCAGUAUCUGCGUGGAGGCCUGGUGUUGGUCCUCUCUGUCAUAGGUCUGCUGUUCUCUCAGGCUCUCGCCAUGCUCAGUGUGCUCUUUGCCUGUGAGGUGAUGCCGACCGUGGUUCGAGGUGGUUGCCUUGGCCUGGUGCUGGCAGCGGGUUGUGUUGGCAUGGCCGCCUCCUCCCUGAUGGAGCUCCAGAAUAAUGGUGGCUACUUUCUCCACCAUGUCAUCUUCGCCUCCUUCGCCGUCCUCUCUGUUCUCUGCAUAAUGCUCCUACCUGAGAGCAAACGCAAGCCGCUCCCAGACUCCCUGAAGGACGGCGAGAGCCAGCGGCGGCCCCCUCUUUUCCUGUCCCGGCCCGACACGGACAACCUGCCGUUACUGUGCGCCCGGCCACCUUUGUCGGAGUACAACCCUGAUAACUAUUCCCGCUUGGUCUCUGCCACCAGGAGGAUGUUGACUAAAGAUAAUUUGCCUUAUAGGAUCGCUGUGCCAACUCAUCCCCCUCUGCUGUCAGACAGUGAAACACAGGGACAAGAGAAUGAGACACUGAGAGAGGUCGUGUCUUAACUCUGUUAACAGUCCCUUCUUAUCCGACUGUUGCACAGACUUGGAUUAUCCCUCCUUCUUCUUCUAGACAUACCUCCACAGACAGUCUACCAUCUUCUUCAUUUAAUUAUUGUCUAAGUCACUGGUUGGUCAUAACUCAACUGAAGAACUGAUCCUGGCUUGGAUGCUGUGCACUUCAGAGCGAUAGCUCCAAGUCUGUCCAUUUUCAGUGUCUUCUUGUUACAUUUUACUUUUUAAGCCGUUACUGUGCUGUGGCAUUUUCUUAAAUGGAUUCAGGUAAUGCACUGAAAAACAGUGGCCUACCAAAGCCAAAGUAUUUUUUUGUCAUCCAAACCUUUUGCGAGGGCUAGAAAAAGUCCCUCUUUGAACUGUAACAUUGCAUGUUAUACCUGUUCUUGUGUGGUAAACUCCCUUGAAAAUGCUCUCACUCGUCAUUACUUUGGCCAGUGCUGUUGAGGUCACACUGCUCUUCUGUGUGGAGGCAUUCAAACCAAAUAGUCAGACACUGGUUUUACCAGAGAAGCUCGCUCAACCGUGCGACUGCUGUUGAUCACGUGAGCAGCAGUCUUUUGUCCAUUUAUUAGUAACCCAUGCACUUUUCAUUAAGGCUGUCCAUCUGACUCACCAGCAGUGCCUCGGUGCUGAGAGGAUCCCAGGGACACGCACAAGACUAGUUCACACGGUCUUUGUGGAGUGGUGUUAUACUUGUAAAGCCAACAAGAGGGCGCUAAAUGAUGCACCAUUCAUUGAGUGAAAGGGUAUUUCUCUGGCAUUUUAAGCCACUACCAACUACCUUGUUAAUCCAAAUAUUUCACUUAAAAGUGUUUGAUGGAAUGUGAUCUGUGUCUGUGAAUAACCUCAUGAUAGUUCAUUCUGUCUGUGGCUGACGAGUUUUCUACUUUAUAAAUCACUUUGUGACAAGGUAUUAUUUAAAGGUGCUAUUUUUACAUUAUGUUUUUCUUCAAACACCAAAAGUAGCUGAUGAAUUUGCAAAUGUACUAACCACUGUAGCUGGCAGACAAAAAUGUAAUCCCCCUCUCUGUCUUGUAGUGAUUAUGAAUUGUGUUCUUUUGGGAUAAUUAGUAAAAACAAAUGAGAUAACA